UAAAUUGGUCGUGAAGCUGUUUGGAAAGGGUUGAUGAUUAAAUUCAGGGCAAAGUGCACGACAUGGCAACAUAAAGUCAGUGAGGACACACGUCGAGUAGGCUAUCCUCGCCAUUGCAUAACUUUUACUUACGUAGCCUAUCUGAAGUUGGGCACCAGGAUUUGAGCGCUAUGUGGUGCUUUUGCGAUGUUUUCGGCCGUAUGUGGCAAUCGCCGUUUAUUUUGUUUUAUUUGUUGACGUUUUGGGUCGCACCUGCGUUCCUGCAUCCACAGUGUUUGGAUUUUAAACCCCCCUUUCAGCCUCAACAAGAGCUUCAGUUCUGUCAAAUGUAUAAAUACUUCGGCUGCUGUGACUAUGCCAGGGACCAAGAGCUGAUGGCAAAAUACUAUCGAAUAAUGGAUAACUUCGAUUAUUAUGGAUAUUCGAACUGUGCCGUGUACGUUCAGGAUAUGCUUUGUCAGGAAUGCUCUCCAUAUGCUGCUCAUCUUUUUGACGCCGAAGACCCCAGCACGCCUUUACGGACCAUACCUGGACUCUGCCCCGACUAUUGCUCUCAAUUCCAUUCCAAGUGCAGAUCCUUUCUUACCUUGUUAUCUGACGAUCCACGUCUUCCAGAACUUGAGCAUGACCAGCGCAGGCUUUGUCAGUACCUAGAGCUGGAUGACCCAGAUUACUGCUAUCCUCAUAUUUUGAGCAAUGAACGCUUAACCAAAAGUCUGGGCCGCACUGCAUCGGACUCUGAUGGCUGCUUGCAGCUGUGUUUGGAGGAGGUAGCCAAUGGACUCAGAAAUCCUCUCGCCAUGAUUCACGCCAAUGAUGGCACGCACAGGUUUUUCGUUGCUGAACAAGUUGGCCUGGUCUGGGUAUACCUUCCAGAUCGAUCAAAGCUUGAAAAGCCAUUUCUAAACAUCACAAAAGCUGUGUUGACAUCUCCAUGGGAAGGUGAUGAAAGAGGAUUUUUGGGACUCACCUUUCACCCCCGUUUUAAAUACAACGGGAAGCUGUAUGUGUACUACUCUGUUGAGGUGGGCUUUGAUGAGAGAAUCCGUAUCAGUGAGUUCCGUAUCUCUUCUACGGAUAUGAACGUGGUUGACCACGGUUCAGAGAGAAUCAUUUUAGAGAUCGAUGAACCUGCUUCUAAUCACAACGGUGGGCAACUUCUCUUCGCCGAUGAUGGAUACUUAUACAUCUUCACUGGAGAUGGUGGAAUGGCAGGAGAUCCAUUUGGGAAAUUCGGAAAUGCACAGAACAAAUCUGCACUUUUGGGAAAGGCUCUUCGCAUUGACGUAGAUGACAACGAGAGAGGGCCGUUGUAUAGAAUACCACCGGACAAUCCAUUCAUACAUGAACCCAACGCUCGUCCAGAAGUGUAUGCCUAUGGUGUGAGAAACAUGUGGAGAUGCUCUGUAGACAGAGGAGAUCCGAACACCAAGGAAGGAAAAGGACGAAUUUUCUGUGGAGACGUGGGCCAGAAUAAGUAUGAGGAAAUAGACAUUGUGGAGAAGGGCCGGAAUUACGGCUGGAGAGCAAAAGAGGGCUUCUCUUGUUACGACAAAAAACUCUGUGCCAACAGCUCCUUAGAUGAUGUUCUUCCGAUUUACGCAUAUCCACACAAAAUGGGUAAAUCGGUCACAGGAGGAUAUGUUUACAGAGGCUGUGAAAAUCCAAAUUUAAAUGGCAUGUACAUAUUUGGAGACUUCAUGAGUGGACGCCUGAUGAGUUUAAAGGAAAACAGGAACACACACAGCUGGGAAUACAGUGAGAUUUGCAUGGGUGUGGGGCUGACUUGUUCAUUUCCAGGGCUUAUCAACAAUUACUAUCCUUACAUCAUUUCGUUCGCUGAGGAUGAAGCAGGUGAACUCUAUUUCAUGUCCACCGAAAUACCAAGUGCAACAUCUCCUACAGGCGUUGUGUACAAGAUUGUUGACCCUUCAAGACGUGCGCCUCCAGGAAAAUGCAAUUAUGAGCCACUUUCUGUUCGUGUUAAGAGCAGUCUUAUACCAUUCAAGCCAAAGGAAACAUUGAUAGGAGUCCAUGUUCCAACAAAGCUUCCAAGACUCCCAAUUAAAGAGGAACCUCCUGUCGAUGGCUCAAAAGGCUGGUUUCAAGAGCUGUUGGACAUCUUAAAUGAGCAGGAUGGGCAGAUCACCACCACACCAUUCACCCCAACUACACCCAAGCCCCAUAGGACAUCCAGACAGAGGAAGGGUAGACGCAAGAAGGGCAAACACAAGAACGGAAUGGUGAGAUUAGUUGGGGAUGAAGAGGGCCGGAUGGAUCGGGGAAGGGUGGAAGUAUACGCUAAUGGGGAAUGGGGGACUGUUUGUGAUGAUCUCUGGAACACCAAGAAUGCCAUUGUGGUCUGCCGGCAGCUUGGGUUCCACCAUGCACUUAAGGCUGCCAAGCACGCUGAGUUUGGGGAAGGGACGAGCCUGAAGAUUAUUUUGGAUGAUGUGCAGUGUGAGGGGACUGAGGAAACUCUCUUGGAUUGUCAGCAUGCUGGGAUUGGCCAACACAACUGUGCUCACUAUGAAGAUGCAGGAGUGAUAUGUGGAAAUUCAGAUUCAGGCAUAGAAUAAUGUGAAACAUUUCAGAAUCAACCAUUUUGUUAUUAGUUGUAGCACAUAACUGAUCGUUUCCAACUGCAAGAGGGAAGACAUUUGGACUAUAAUACAGUUUUUCUCUGUCACUUUAGGUCCAAUUCUUGAAUCAUCCUUUAAGGGAUAGUUAACUCCAAAAAUG